GCAGUUAUGGGUGUUGGCUCUGGGUGUCAGCCCUCGUCGCCACACCAUUGGAAUCCCAGAGUUCAAAUAUGUUGCGAAUAUGCAUGGAAAUGAGGUCCUGGGCCGCGUGCUCCUGCUCCAGUUGAUUGAAGAGCUGGUGCGAGGUUACCGUGACAAGGAAACAUGGUCGCUGCAGCUGCUGAACAGCACUCGGAUCCACAUCCUGCCGACGAUGAACCCAGAUGGUUUCGAUGAAGCUGAUACACACUGCCUGUUCAGCCAGGGAAGGUUCAACCAUAAUGGCGUCGACCUGAACAGGGGAUUCCCCGAUGCUUUUGCUGGUCUUCGAAAGCAGCGGGAGCUAAAAGAGGAGCAGAGGGAAGCUGAGGUGAGAGCUGUGAUUGGCUGGUUAAAGACGGAGACUUUUGUUUUGUCUGCGAACCUUCAUGGAGGAGCGUUGGUAGCCAGUUAUCCUUAUGACAACAGUGACAGAGGUUCGGAUUUCUUUGGCGCGCCCAGCCUUUCCCCAGACGAUGAUGUGUUUGUCCACCUGGCUAAGGUUUACUCAUACAACCAUGCAUCCAUGCAUCGGGGGAACCUCUGUGACGACACUGGACCUUUCCGGGAUGGCAUAACCAAUGGAUACCACUGGUACCCUUUGGAAGGUGGGAUGCAGGACUACAACUAUGUAUGGGCACAGUGUUUGGAGCUGACACUGGAGCUUUCCUGUUGCAAGUUUCCUCAAGUGAAAGAACUUCCUUCCUUAUGGGAAGACAACAAAAAGGCUCUCCUGGCUUAUAUUCAGCAGAUCCACCUGGGAGUGAAAGGCCAAGUGUUCGAUGGUUCGGGUAAACCGGUGCCAAACGCAGUGGUGGAGGUUGAGGGUCGCAAAAAUAUGUGUCCAUUCAGAACCAACCAACAUGGAGAAUAUUACCGGCUGCUUGUGCCUGGAGUCUACACCUUUAAAGUGAGGUACCCGGGUCAUGAGGUUCUGACAGAAACCCUCAGAGUCCCGUAUGGUCCAGAUCAGUACUCUGCCAUGAAGCAUGACUUCAUGUUACGACGCAUCGCCUCAGCGACUUUCCCCGCUCUACCUGAGCCGAGCCCUUCCUGUAAUUACACAGUACACCCUGGAGGAGGUUGUGCCACGGCAGCGUCCAUGUGGAGCAGGCUGACAUUGGGGUUCAGCUUAGUGAUGGUUAUGCAAUCAUUAAUAGACUAACGUUAUCCUGACGGUAAAAAUGGCCUCCAAGGAGGUGGUGGUUAGAAUUACAGCAGCAAUGUGAGAUUGUCUCUAACAAACGAAACACUAGAAGACCAGGAAAGGAAACAGGAAAGAGUUGAGAGGUUACCGAAGGCAUGUUUGGAUACACAGGUUGCUGCCAGUUUAGUGGAUAGAAAAUGUCCGGCAUGAAGUAUAAAGCUGCUUACGGCUGAAGGAAAAGGUGCUGCCAAGUGACGGUCGUCAGUAUAUUUUGUUUUAUUACCAUUUUAUUUAUGACCAGAAAAAGCAGCAAGAUAAAGAUGAUGGCUGGAUUCCAUCUUUCAGGUUUCUGUUACAGAGUUGUAAUGCUGAAUAUACCUGCAAAAAAAUAUGAUUUGCAUUUAAAUGUAAAACAUAUUUAACCAGAUUUUAAGGUUCUCUGAUAGACUGUCAACACUUACAAAAAAGAUAAUUUUUUUGUUUCUUACAAUCUUACAGCUGAAUUCUUUGACUUUUCUAUCAAGCUGUUAGACCGCUAACAGAUCGGAUAGCUGGAGAGUUCUACAGACAUAUGUGACAAUAACUUCAGGAAGUCUUUAAAAUUUGCCACAAACAUUGUACUUUCUAACCAAAAACUGUCUAUUUAGGGUAAUUAGCUUACUUUUUGUUAUUUAACAUUUCUAUAGAAAGAUAGUCUAACAUUUUUAUUUCAAACUGUUGUGCC